GCUAUAUCGUCUUUGUGGAUAAGGCUGCUUGUGUUAGGUUGUCCACGAAGACCACCAUCUUCAAACUCCAAUUAUCGUCAUUCUCUUCACAUGAUUCGAGUACAAUCCUCAAUUUGCCGAAAGUCUGUACCUUCCGCGGAAUCUAGUUCUUAGAUUGCCUCUACAGUUGCAAUUCCAUCUCUUGGUCGAGUGGAUUGUCGCUUCUGUGAAAUGCGAGAGUAACUGACAACGGGAUUUGUCGUCAAGCUUCAAACAUCGGGUUUGGGAAUGGCGACCACUGUGAUGCAAGCAGUUGUUUUGCCAGCUUGGGGCACUCUAAGGGCAGGGGUUUCGAAUGACAAUGACUCCUGCGGGAACACUCGAAGUUUAUAUGUCAUUGCUACUGAUUCGCCGUCUGCUUUGAGGUUAAGAAAUGUAUCUCUGUGUAAUUCUAAAGUCAUUACAAAAUGUAUUGUCCGUCGCGACGUAACCAGCAAUAUCUACGGGGAUAAGAAACAAGGUAGUAGGCUAUUUAGUAGGAAGAAUUCAUACUCCAGUGGCGCUGAAGGGGCGGCAUACGUUGUGAAGGAAGUGACCGAUGAGGACUUGGAAAAGCAAGUAGACCCAGCGGAUAUUCGCGUUCUUGCUGCGAUAAGAAGUAGGUAUAACUACAUAUCUGUAAUGGAGGUAGACCGGGAAGCCGAUCAUCUGCUUGCAGGGGCGCGCAUACUCCUCUUGGACAAUCCUGGUUGCAUACACACAGUGUACUACGAACACAAUGUGCUCACAAACUCAUACUACGACGUAUUGGCAACUGUCGCACCCCUUAUUCCAGACGGCCCCGUAGGAAUCCUUGGCCUUGGAGCCGGCGCUACUGCCCACAUUCUGCAUCACUUCUUCCCCACCUUGGAAAUGCAUGGUUGGGAACUUGACCCGGACAUCAUAACCAUUGCGCGCCAGUUUUUCAAUCUGUCUCAACUGGAGGGAUCGACCGAGGCUGAAAUUGACGGGUCCUCCACAGCAGCAGCUGUAAAGAAACCCGGUUUCAUAGAUCAAGAGAUUGCGACCAAUGAGAAACCUCAGACAGGUUUAGGAAAGUUGGCUGUGCACAUUGGAGACGCUGUGGGUCCUGAGGUAUCUGUAGAAGGUGGGUUUGCAAGCUUGAUUGUUGAUCUGUUUGCAGAAGGACGCGUCAUUCCUGCUCUUCAGGAUCCCCAAACCUGGGAGAAACUCAAAGCUACAUUGCGACCUGGAGGGAGAAUCAUAGUUAAUUGUGGCGGUGAUCGACUAAUACCUGGACAAGAGAGCAAGAGCCCCGGCCAGCUUUACAUGGAAGAGACUAUCGCUGCCAUGGGGAAAGUGUUUCCAGGUGAAUUGUCGACACGGUAUCUGGCUAGAAAAGGGUUUAACACCGUAGCUAUCACAGGGCCCUCUCCAGACACAGCGUCCUGGCUUCAAGCUCUUCCUGAACCAUUGCGAGACGGUGUUACUGAAUGGAAGCCUGUGUCUUGAGAGGGUUUAGGGUUUAAGGUUACCAUCUUUGUCCUGUUAACUUGACAUAAAACAUGUUAUCUUUCUUCAUUUUCUGGAGUUCUGAUCAGUUAUCUUGACAUGAACUUCAUUAACUUUAUUCUUUUUAUUGAGAGUUUUGCUUCUAUAAUUUUAGAGCACUGAAAAGGUUCUAGGUUAACUAUUUAUUAACCAGUAUUGUGUUGUA